UCUACAGCGAACAACUGUUCAUAUUAACAAGAGCAUAUAUCAUUGCUUUCUGAGACUGUAAAGAGCUUUAGUCUUAAAUAAUGGUCGCCUUUAACAAACAGCCAGAUAUAAGUAACGAACUUCUCACUGGGACCACCAUAAUGGCUGUAGAAUUUGAAGGCGGUGUUGUAAUCGGUGCUGAUUCUCGGACUACGACAGGCUCUUAUAUUGCCAACCGAGUCACUGACAAACUCACUCCUAUAACUGAACAUAUUUACUGUUGUCGCUCGGGCUCAGCUGCUGAUACUCAAGCCGUUGCUGAUCUUGUUAAAUACUACUUGGAGUACCACUCGAUUGAACUUGAGGAAGAAGUGCUCGUUAAGACCGCUGCAAGGAUAUUUCAAAGAUUAUGCUACUUUAAUCGAGACAAUCUCACCGCUGGAAUUAUUUGCGCUGGCUUUGAUAAAGAAAACGGCGGGCAAGUUUACUCCAUCCCGUUGGGAGGCAUGUGCAUACGACAGCCUUUCGCUAUUGGAGGUUCUGGAAGUUCGUAUAUAUACGGCUACUGUGACUCCAACUACCGCCAAGGCAUGUCCAAAGAAGAAUGCUUGAACUUUUGUAAAAAUGCUGUUGCUCUUGCGAUGAAUCGAGACGGUUCUUCUGGAGGUGUAAUACGAUUAGCCGUCAUCGACCAGUCGGGCAUUCGCCGUGAAGUCGUAUCCGGAAAGGAGAUCCCCGUUUUUAAUGGAAUCUAA